GCUAGUCACUCGUGAGUUUGCCGUGGAGUAAUCUAAACAUGGUUAAGACUAGCUUUUGCCUAGUGCCUCUUUUCUGCCAGCUGUGGGGCCUGCAUGCCGCGCUGCUGGAUUCUUUGGUGAGUCGGAGCAACAUCUACUACCUGGGGCCCUCGUCGGAGCUGCCCCUGCAGAGCGUGGAUCAGGUGGCAACGGUGGAUUCGGUUAAACUGAUUGUGCACGGCUACUUGGCCUCGCGAUCGCACGGCUCCAUAAUGCCUCUGAGGAAUGCGUACAAUUCUCAGGGCUAUGAGAAUGUGCUGGUGGCUGAUUGGUCGCCUGCCGCCAGUCUGGAUUAUCCCAGUUCGCGAUUUGCCGUGGGAAAGGUGUCCCUGGCCCUGGCCAAGGAGCUUCAGAGUUUUCUACUCCGACACAGCAUUUCCACUGCAGCAGUCCAUGUGGUGGGACAUAGCUUGGGUGCCCAUAUAGCUGGCCGCAUCGGCCACUACUUUAACGGAACUCUGGGCAGGGUUACGGGUCUCGACCCUGCGCUGCCCCUCUUUACCCAGCGCUCCGAUGACAGUCUGCGCGCGAAUGCAGCGCAGUUUGUGGAUGUUAUUCAUACGGACUACCCGCUCUUCGGCGACCUACGACCCCGCGGCACUGUCGACUUUUAUCCCAACUUUGGAUUCGCCCCGCAGCCGGGCUGUGAGGACGUGGACCUAAUUGCUGCCAGUAAGCUCCUUCGCGAGGCUUAUAGCUGCAGCCACAACAGAGCUGUCAUGUUCUAUGCGGAGUCCAUAGGAAUGCCCCGCAACUUUCCAGCUAUCCCCUGCAGUUUGAAGGCCAUCAGGAGUCGUCAUGUCAAUAGCUGCCUGCGGGAGAGGUCUGAAAGUGUGGAUGAUUCUGAGGUGGUUUUCAUGGGAGAGCAGGCUCGCCGCAGCGCCACCUCGUACUUUUACUUGGAAACUAAUGGAGCGCCACCUUACGGCAAGGGAAGGAACUCAAAGUAUCGACUACUCGAUUAAUUAUAUUCGAAUAUUGUUACGGAUUUUUGCGCCAAACGACAAAAUUCUGUUGCAGCUCUCUUCUUCGUUAGUUUUAACCUGCUCCGGACGUGCUAUGGCUCCCUGUGAUCGGUGGAACAUCCUUAAUUUAAUGGAGUCCUUGUCAAUGAUCAAUAUUCUUUCCCAGUCAGUAAAUUGUCUCCGCGUUUUAUUGAUCCCGCCCUGGCUGGCUGGCUGAUGUAGCGACCUGAGCUGACCUGCCGCAACAUAAAUGAGGAAGGAGCAGAGUGGG